CUCUGUAAAAAUUAGGUUGCAUAACAGCCUAAUGAAAGUUCAGCAACGAUUAUAAAUAUGGGGAAAACAGUCGGAUUAAUAACAGUUUUUUAUCGAUCACAAAUGGCAGUCUUUCGAUAAAAUGAAGACGAAGACGAAUAUUAGUGAAUUAUUGUUUCUGACGGUUGUCUUUAUUUACUCGUGGAACGUUGAUUGUGCAAAAGUUGUUAAAUUCGGUAUUGAACAUUUAUCCUUAAACGCUAAGAGAGAGAGUAAUUUGUGGACCGCUGUUGGAAACAAUGGUACCCAAGAAUUCAGUGUACCUGCUCAGGUGCCAGGAGGAAUCUACUCAGAUCUGGAAGCAUUCGGAGGCCUCUUCAGAAAUCCAAUAUAUCAUGAUUAUAAUGAUGUAGAGAAUCGUUGGGUGGGAAGAACUGACUGGACUUUUUCUCGAACUUUUACUGUUUCUACUGAAUUACUGAGCAGGGCGCACAUCGUAUUGUUAUGUGAAGGGUUAGAUACCGUGGCCGAUGUAUAUGUAAAUGGCAAUUUAGUUGGUCAGAGUGUGAACAUGUUUGUCCGUUACAUUUAUGACAUAAAGGAAGCUAUAACGAUCGGACAAAACGAAAUACGAAUCCAAUUCCAAUCUCCCGUUCGAUACGCCUUAACGCAAUAUGACAGUUACAAUGAUGCUUACGGGUAUCCCAUUGUACGCACAAAUUUAAAUCCAGCAUUCCGUGGAGAAGAUAAAGUCCAAAUGAUGAGGAAGAUGCAAUCGUCGUUUUCAUGGGAUUGGGGACCGUCAUAUCCAAGCUCUGGCAUUUGGAAAGACAUAUACAUUGAGGGUCGGAAUGGUGCGGUGAUAAGAGAUGUUCUAGUUUUCACCUCGACCAGCACUGCGAAUCCAGGAGAAACAGAUGAAACGGUGUGGACACUAAGGGCUCGUGUCUAUUUGGAUUUAACCUCAACGGAAGACGUUGGUUUUCUGAGUUUUCACCGAUUGGACGGAACGUUUACGACAAGAGUUGCAGUCACUUUUGGAAACGAAACACAGAUCCAAGGAGUCUAUCGCGAUAUCACCCUUCAAAUUCCUGGAAGUGAAGCAAAAUUAUGGUGGCCCAACGGAUAUGGAAACAUAACGCUUUAUGCUUAUCAGGUGACUUACACCUCUUCGUCGACAGAUGAGACCAGCUCAAAAACAUUUAACGUUGGAUUUCGAACUGUAGAACUGAUUCAAGAUCCGGUUGACAUGUCUAAUCUUCACUUCGGAAAUUUCUUCUAUUUUAAAGUAAAUGGAGUGAAAAUUUAUUCCAAAGGAUCCAAUUCGAUACCGAUCCAUGUUCUGCCCGAAAAAAUCACAGACGAGAUGACAGAAUGGCUUCUCACAUCGGCCAAUAAAUUGCACACAAAUCAAAUUAGAGUAUGGGGUGGUGGCAUCUAUGAAUCCGAUUAUUUCUAUGACUUAGCAGACAAGCUGGGCAUUUUUGUGUGGGAAGAUUUCAUGUUUGCUUGCUCGAUGUAUCCGACAAAUCCGGAAUUCCUUUCGAGUGUGGCAGAAGAAGUGGACACUCAAGUCAAGCGUCUUCAGCACCAUCCGUCGCUAUUAAUCUGGGCAGCUAAUAACGAGAAUGAGGGAGCGCUCAGAGAUAAUUGGUACGGCACAGCAGAGAAGUUCGAAGUUUAUAAAAAUGAUUUUGUAAAAUUGUACGUUGACACAAUAAUCGAGAAUGUUGCGGUGCUAGAUCCGUCCAGAGAGUGUUUAAUUUCGAGUCCUACGAAUGGAAAAAAAUCAGAGGAAGAAGGCUGGGUGUCAGAAUGGCCGGGAAACAUUAGAUACGGAGACGCACAUCCGUACAACUACGUUGAAGACAAUUGGGAUUGGAGCUGGAUGGUUUCGAGGCGAACACGCUAUGCCUCAGAGUUCGGUUACCAGUCGUUUCCUUAUGUGGAAACAAUGCGAAAGGUCGCUUCCAAUUUCGAUCAAUGGACCUGGUUUUCUGAGUUUGUAGAGCAUCGACAACAUCAUCCAAAUGGUCAACGGGAGAUUCACAAUUUUAUCGAAGCUCAUCUUCCGUUGCCACGUAAUCCUAAUUCUACCGAAUCAUUCCCUUCAAUGUUGUACAUGGCACAGAUAACGCACUCCAUGGGCCAAAAAACGCAAACUGAAUUUUACCGUAGGAAUGUGGACAAGUUCUAUGAGUCGGAGAAUGGUACCGGAUACAACAUGGGAGCACUCUAUUGGCAGCUGAACGACAUUUGGGAAGGAUGUUCAUGGUCCUCUUUCGAAAUUAAUGGCCGAUGGAAAAUGUACGCCUACUUUGCUCAGAGGGCGUUCUCUCCGGUUCUAGCGUCUCCAUACAGAGACACUAAUGGAGACGUAGCUGUAGAAGUUAUCUCCGAUACUCUUCGAACAUACAGUGGCUCUCUGCGAGUCCGUAUCUUCAAACUGAGUUCGAUUUCUCCCAUAUUCGAUCAGGAGAUAUCAGUCGCUGCAGACUACCUAACGUCGAAAGAAAACGUUCGACUGAGCGCUAAGACAAUUGAAACACUCAAUUGCCAUUCUGCACAAACUGGAUCGCCAUGUUUCGUUUACACAACAAUGCCUCAACUUCCAGAUAAUUUCUUAUUCCUCAACUAUCCAACGGAUAAAUACUUUAUCAUUGAUCCUCAUCUUCAGGCCGGAGCAAUGUACGCUUCACCUGAUGGAAAAACCAUCACGUUUACGCUUACUUCACAGGCGGUAGCACUGUUUGUCUUCUUAAAUUUGCGCGAUCACAAUCAUGGUCAUUUCAGCGACAAUGGAUUCAUAAUGGUUGAAACCGAAAAGGAGAUGACUUACUAUUCUAGUGAUGCGUUGACAAUUGGCGAGUUCGCAUCACAAUUGCACAUUACUUCAUUGUUCGAUGUUACUCCAUUCGCGUUUGAAUAUGAUCAUGAUGAUGACGACGACGACGAUGAUGAUGAUGAUGAUGAUGACAAAAAUGACGACGACGAAGAUGAUGAUGAUGAUCACAAUAAAUCGGUCUGUAUCGCAACAGGAACCGUAUCAUUGUUACUCUCAAUACUUAUGUCGAUUAUGAACUGAUUUGUAUAUUUUGUAUGACAUAGAGUGCUCACAGAGCUAAGAAUUCAA